AACAAAGACAACUACCCACAAAGACAGGUGGGAAAAAGGGCUGCCUAAGUAGGGUUCCCAAUCAGAGACAACGAUAGACAGCUGUCCCUGAUUGAGAACCAUACCCGGCCAAAACAAAGAAAUACAAAACAUAGAAAAAUGAACAUAGAAUGCCCACCCAAAUCACACCCUGACCAAACCAAAAUAGAGACAUAAAAAUCUCUAAGGUCAGGGCGUGAUGAUUGUUGAGUGCUUCAAAGGGUAUUGAUGAUGGACCAGUGCACAUUUAACUUGAUUUUUUAUUUAAUCUUUAUUUAACUAGGCAAGUCAGUUAAGAACAAAUGCUUAUUUACAAUGGCGGCCUACCCCGGCCAAACCGGACAACGCUGGGCCAAUUGUGCGCCGCCCUAUGGGACUCCCAAUCACGACCGGAUAUGAUUCACCCUGGAUUCAAACCAGGGACUGUAGUGUUGCCUCUUGCACUGAGAUGCAGUGCCUUAGACCAUGGCACCACUCGAGAGCCCACACUAAUCACAAUGGCACUAAAUCACAUUCCAUUUAUAUGUGUAACUGAUUGAGAGUUGUUCAAAUGUCUCUGCUUAAUAUACUUUUUCUUUUACCAUAAAUAUUGCAAAAUAUAAAAUAGGGCAAGCCUACUUAUAGUUGUCAUUUACAAAUAUCCAGUAGACCUUCUUUUCAAUAAGUUUCCCGUAUACAGGUCUGUGUAUUUAGCCUGUAUGGUAUUAUAACAGUAGGCAGUGUAAUUACAAUGUUAUUAUAUUGUCCGUUCAUUAUCUCAAUUGUAUGUAUAUUUGGGAACCCUUAAGGUUGAGUUGCAAAAAAAGUAUAUUGUAAUUAUUGUAAAUCGUAUUAGGGACAGUGCAAUAGCAUAUUGCAAAGUGGGAUCUAAUUUAAUGAAUUUUCAGGAAGGAUAACAAUUUCCCAGUGAUUCAGCACCAGGUGCACAUAAAUUCCUGUAAGCAAGUUGAACAGCUGGACCAAAGAAUAAUCAGGAUAAAUUAUUAUAGUCAAUCCUACUUUCUCCUACACCUUAAAGAUACAAAAUAGGCAACUAUUUAUGAAUGCCUUCCAUGCCGGCCACAACAUUGUUGGCCAUCUUCUAUUCACAACUCUCUCAGCAACAGCGUCCACUUCCUUAGCUCUUUGUUUGGUUGAGCCAGCGAAGGGGGAGGCUACAGAGGCGAUAAAAGAGGCCGAAAAUCCAUUGCGCCCCCAAGCGAAACAUUGAAAACCUCCUCACCUUCUGUGUUCAGUACGCCACAUGUGCGACUGGCUGCGUACUGGUCAACGUUUUUAAGAGUCAAUUUAUGCUUGAUCCGAAAAUGUGUUCGGAUGCGCCGUAUGGAUGGUGUGACGCACUCGCGGAGGCCAAUUUGAGCUCUGUUCCGCAUCACGGUGUGCCUCUCAAAUUGUGUAACAAUGUGUAGGGCUCCGUAUAGCUCCGUAUUUACAUGAUUGGUGGACGGUAGGUGAGAGCGGGAGGUCCUGUAUAAACACAAACUCACUUCCUUGACAACAUCUCUGCGCUGCUCGGCGAAGCGCAAGACCCAUGAAUGCCAUGACUUCUGUAGAGGCUGCACGACCAAUGCAGACUAUAGGUUGACCAUACAGCGCCUUUACUAGUCGUGGACGGGGAUCGAAGCUGCAUGAUUGAAUGCGAGUUGCUGAUGCUGCGUUGCACAACAAAACCGCAAACAACAAGGGAGACCGAGGACUUGGCAUAUAGUUACGUUGUUGUUUCUGUUUGCUAUGAGAAAACAAUCUCAUUUUGUUCCUGAAAGUCGCAUUUUGAAAUUAAACCGGCAUCUCAGUUGCAUGAAAUAGCCAAAUGCGGCUCGCAUCCUAUCACACUCUCCCUUUCAGCUCCAGCUCAGCAUCCAUAUUUUUUGUGCAUCCCUGUGUUGGUGUAUAGGGAGUGGCAGCCUUCUGAUAAAUCAACCGAUCAGCGCAACCCUCUCCUCUAGGAAAAACAAAUACGUUUAUGCGUAAAUUGUACAUUUAAAGCUAAAAUGGAGAGAGAUUGCCACCAUUCCGAUUUCUAGUGCCUCAAACCGAAAGCCUUGAAAGGGACUUUCUCAUCCCUGCACAUCUCCCCUGUACAUGAUGAACAUGCUGAAGUCCAGUGGACUGAAGAUCCCUGGCAGGGGCCCAAAGCACUCCCCUGGCCCCGUGGGACGAACCUCUGCUGGGGGAUCUGCUUCCGGCACUGUGGGCCAUAAAGACAACUCCCCACACAAGCAGACCUCCCCACUCCCCAGCAGCAAUGCCUCGGAGAAGUCGUGCUCCAAAACAUCCGAGGUAGGGGACGAUGUCCUGGGGGACUACGUAGUUGGCGAACGUGUCUGGGUCAACGGGGUCAAACCGGGCGUCAUCGCCUACCUGGGCGAGACCCAGUUCGCCCCGGGACAGUGGGCUGGGGUGGUCCUCAACGACCUGUUGGGCAAAAAUGACGGCUCUGUGGGCGGCGUGCGCUACUUUGAGUGCCAGCCACACCAGGGCAUCUUCACGCGCCCCUCCAAGCUCACCAGGCAACCGGUGGGCGAAGGGAGCGAAGGCCACUCUGCUGAUUCCCUGACGGCUCAGAACCUGACGCUCCAUGGCGUCAACGGGGCUUCGCCCGCUGGACAGCGCGUGGUUAUGCCACUCAGGGAAGGCAUGCUCAACAGUUCGGUGAAGACGGGUAACGAGUCAGGUUCCAACAUGUCCGACAGCGGCUCGGUCAAGAAAGGCGGGGAUAAGGACCUUCGAGUGGGAGACCGCGUGCUGGUGGGGGGCACUAAGACAGGAGUGGUGCGCUACGUGGGGGAGACUGACUUUGCCAAGGGUGAGUGGUGCGGCGUGGAGUUGGACGAGCCCCUGGGGAAGAAUGACGGUGCAGUGGCUGGAACCAGGUACUUCCAGUGUCCGCCCAGGUUUGGACUGUUCGCACCCAUCCACAAGGUGAUCCGUAUCGGUUUCCCCUCCACCAGCCCAGCCAAGGCCAAGAAGAGCAAGCGCAUGGCCAUGGGGGUGUCAUCCUUGGCCCACAGCCCCAGCAGCUCGUCCAUCAGCUCUGUUAGCUCUGUGGCUUCCUCAGUGGGCGGGCGGCCCAGUCGAACUGGCCUGCUCACAGAGACGUCGUCGCGCUAUGCCCGCAAAAUUUCAGGCACUACUGCGCUGCAGGAGGCACUGAAAGAGAAACAGCAGCACAUCGAGCAGCUGCUGGCCGAGAGGGACCUGGAACGGGCUGAGGUGGCAAAAGCCACCAGCCACAUCUGUGAGGUGGAGAAGGAGCUCAGUGUCCUCAAGGCCCAGCACCUGCAGUAUGUCACCGAGACUGAAAGCAACCUCCAGCAAGUCAAAACUCUGUUGGCAAGCACUCAGAAGGACAAAGUAGAGCUGGCCAAUCAGCUUGAAGAAGAGAAAAGGAAAGUGGAAGACCUUCAGUUCAGAGUGGAGGAAGAGUCAAUCACCAAAGGAGACCUUGAGACUCAGACGAAAUUGGAGCAUGCCCGUUUUCGGCAGCUUGAGCAGAAUCUGUUCCUCGAAAAGUCGAGAGCAGAAAAGCUUCAGAAAGAAUUAGAGGGAAGACGCAGACUUGAUGCAGCACCCUUGAGGUUGGGUAAGAGAACCAAGCAAAGCACAGUUGAGGAGCAGAGCCGCGUCAUGCAGCUGGAGGAUGAACUGGCUCUGCGUCGGGCCGAGAUCGAGGAGCUCCAGGUCCGGCUCCGGGAUGCGGACAAGGACGGGGACUCCACCCAGGGGCCGGUGGCCCAGUCGGAAACCAUUCUGCUCCGGGAGCAGCUCCUGACGGCAGGCCGGGAGCACCACAAGGAGAGCAGCCAGCUGAGGCAGAAGUACGAGGCUGCAGUGGCAACGGGCCAGGAGGAGACAGACAAACUGAAAGCCACGGUGGACAAACAGAGCCAGGAGAUCAUUGAGCUGAAGCAGAAAGUCCAGCAGGCCUCUACAGAGAACAUGGAGAUGAUGGACAACUGGAAGGUCAAGCUGGACACCCUGGUCAACGACCACCAGCGUUCCCUUGAGGACCUGAAGGCCUCGCUGUCCAGCGGUUCGGCCAAAGGCCAGGAUCAGGAGCCCCAGGGGCUGAGGACCACACUGGAGAGCCUGCGCAUGGAGCACCAGCUGGAGCUGGAGAAUCUCAAGGCCAGGCAUGAGAUCGAGGCAGCCAUGCUGGCCAAGGAGCGUGACGAUCUGCGCUCAGGCCUGCAGGAUGCCAAGGACCAGCUGGUCGAGAACAGCCAGAACUGGAAUAGCCAGGCCCAGACGAAGGCCAGGAGUGACCAGCAGGCCCUGGAGCUGAGGGAGGUCUGGGAGAAGUUCCAGAAGGCCCAGCUGAGGGUGGGCGAGCUGGAGAGGCUGCAGAGCGAGCAGGACGGCGCCCGAGACAAGCUCCAGGAGCGCUUGGAGCUGGCUGAGAAGAAGAUGGUGGACUACAAGGCCCUGCAGAAGGCCGAGGCCCAGAGUAGACAGGAGCUCUACAUCCUGGAGGAGAAGCUGAGGGUGACUGAGAACCGGCUGCAGGCGGUGCAGGAUGACCACCACAUGCCACAGGAUGCCAACGUUAUAGAAAAUAAUGACAUCUUGGAGGAAAAGAUGAAGCUAAAACAGAAUGUUGAAGAAACUAUGGAGAAUCUGACCAAAAGAGAAAGAGAGGUCUCUACUCUCACAUCACAUGUCGAUGCCCUCAAAUCACAGAUAACUGCCUUGGAGGGCAAAGUUCGCUUGGGUGAGAAGAAGGGCGAUGCCCUGGUCAAGGAGAAGAUGCGCCUGGAGGCCGACCUUGAGUGCAUGACCAAGAAGUCCCAUGAUGCAUCGGGACAGCUGGUUGUCAUUAGCCAGGAGCUACUGAAGAAGGAGAGGAGUCUGAACGAGUUAAGGGUGUUACUGCUGGACUCCCCUCGCCACUCGCCCGGCCUGGACCGAGACCUGAGCCGAGAGGUGCACAAGGCUGAGUGGAGGGUGAAGGAGCAGAAACUCCAGGAUGACAUCAAGUCCCUGAGAGACAAACUGCUCCUGCUGGGCAGGGAGAGGGGCUCGCCCCCAGAUCACAGGCGCUACUCUAUGCUGGACCCGUCGACCCUGGACUCGGAGGUGACACUUCUGCGCCAGCGGCUCAUGAGCACAGAGGAGGCUCUGAGGGGAGCCCUGGAGCACAACCAGGAAGUGGACCAGCUGGUGCAGGCCAUGCGCACGCACCCAGACAAGAGCGAGGUGCAUGGUGGUGCAAAUUCAGCCAAUGGAAUUCAUCAACAGAAUACUUCCUUUACUCAAGAUGAACAACACUGAUAUAGGAGAAGAAGAGCUCAUCUUGAAUUGGGGAAAUGCAGAGGUACAUUUUAAAAGAAGAAGUCAGUACGACUUGGAACUAGCACGCCACUGGACUCCAGACAACAUUUCCUGUUUACAGUUACUACCAAAACAAUGUCGCUCUAUCUCAAUAUGUACAUUCAUCUGUUGCAAAAAAGAAAAACACCCAUUAGCCAAACUUAAAACAGCUUGAAGAUACUGUAAAAUGGUUGACAGAGGUGAAGAAUUCUAGGUAUGACUUUUGAAAACUGAUACAUGCCCUGCCUACAUACCCAAGGAUGGUAUUGGACAACCUUUUAUCUUAGUUUAUUAGAGAUCGUGACCCUAUGAGCCUUGAAGGAUGAAUUGUGACUCCAGAGAAUGAAAUGACUCUGGUGUCUGAUUGAAAACAAAGAUUAAGAAUUUGGCCUCAAUCCAUCACUUUUUGUUUUAUUUAUUUGCCACACUUAUUUUUUUUUAUCCUUCUUCGAUUAACUGUAGCUGAUUUGACCAGUGACGUUCAAUUUGCUUCAUAGCGAACAUGCUCUGUAGUGAAGAUGUGAAUGAAACGGGGAUGCUGCUGGAUUUAAGCUGAUGUUGUAUCUACAUAUGAAUAUAGCUGCAUUAUCUGAAACCUGUGCAUACUGUAAAAGUGUAUUUAGUCAACUGAACCAAUGCAACUUGGUGCCGUAAGUGCACCAAAUAGCUAUCAGUUUAAUGGUUUACUCAUUUGAACGAAGUAAUCCUUAAUUCCACUGUGGCUUUACUGGAUAGUGGGAAACCAUACCACUUUGUAGUGUUUUCAUACACGUGAGGGGAAAAAAAAGAAAAAAAAAGUCUUAACUUCCUAUUGUUGAUCAUUUAUCUAAAGAAAGUUCAACCUAGAUCAAUGCCUUGGGAUCACUUUGUCCUUUGAUUCGAGUAGGCCACUCAACGGCUGUUUGGAGCACAAUGCAAACAAUGGAACAUUCAAAGCUUGUGUCCCAAAUGGCACUCUAUGACCUAUAUAGUGCACUACUUUUGACCAGAAAAGUAGUGAACUAUAUAGGGAAUAGAGUGCCAUUAGGGAUGGAGGCCUACUGUAACUGCUUCCGCCAUUCUGGAUGAUCCCUCCCUUCUGGGUGUAAUCACAAUGUACAGAAUUGAUACGUUACGGUCUUCCAAAUGUUAUUAUCUCCAUUGAACAAGCCAACAGGGAGAUUCUAAAUGCAGUCCAUUACUGUAUUCUUGGGAGAUUAGUUGAUAUUCUGGCUGCGUCUCGAAUGGCACCCUAAUUUCCUAUGUACAGUGAGCUCCAAAAGUAUUGGGACAGUGACAAAUGUUUUGUUGUUUUGGCUCUAUACUCCAGCACUUAGGAUUUGAAAUGAUACAAUAACUAUGAGAUUAAAGUGAAGACUCAGCUUUAAUUUGACGGUAUUUUCUUUCCUUAUCGGGUGAACCAUUUAGAAAUUACAGCACCUUUUGUACAUAGUCCCCCCAUUUUAGGGGACCUUAGGUAUUGGGACAAAUUCACUUAUGUGCAUUAAAGUAGUAAAAAGUUAAGUAUUAUCGCAGUGCUAGAGGCGUCACUACAGAUCCGAGGCUGUAUCACAACCGGCCGUGAUCGGGAGUCCCAUAGGGUGACGCACAAUUGGCCCAGCGUCGUCUGGGUUAGGGGAGGGUUUCGAGCUUUACUUGGCUCACCGCGCUCUAGUGACUCCUUGUGGUGGACCGGGCACCUGCAGGCUGACCUCGGUUAUCAAUUGAACCUUGUUUCCUCCGACACAUUGGUGCAGCUGGCUUCCGGGUUAAGCGGGCGGGUGUUAAGAUUCGUGGUUAGGCGGGCCAUGUUUCGGAGGACCUUCGCCUUCCGAGCUCGUUGGGGAGUUGCAGUGAUGAGACAAUGUCGAAAUUGGGGAGAAAGGGGGGUAAAAUACAACAACAACAACAAAAUUAUAAGAAUAAUAUUAAUAAUAAGUUCAGUAUUUGGUCCCAUAUUCAUAGAAUGCAAUGACUACAUCAAGCUUGUGAAUCUACAAAUUUGUUAGAUGCAUUUGCUGUUUUAUUUUGGUUGUGUUUCAGAUUUUAUUGUGUCAUUUUGGAGUCAAUUUGAUUGUAAAUAAGAAUAUAAUAUGUUUCUAAACACUUCUACAUGAAUAUGGAAUAGCUAAUCCUGAAUGAAUUGUGAAUAAUGAUGAGUGAUAAGGUUAAACGUACAAAUAUCAUACCCCCAAGACAUGCUAACGUCUCACCAUAACAAUAACAGGGGAGGUUAGUAUUUUAGGGGGGUAUUUAUGCCUCUGUAACUUUUUUCCCUCAUCAUUAUUCAUGAAUCAAUCAGGAUGAUCUGUAAUCAUGGUAGCAUCCAGAUUAGUGUAGAAGUGUUUCGAAACAUAUUCUAUUCUUAUUUACAAUAAAAAUGACAAUACAUUAUCUACCAUUAAUUUCUAUUGGGCACAAAAUAAUCUGAAACACAACUAAAACAAACAGCAAAUGCAUCCAACAAAUGUGUAGAGUCACAAGCUUGAUGUAGUGAUUGCAUGCUAUGAAUAUGGGUCCAAAUACUAAACUUUUGACUACUUUAAUACACAUAUAGGUCAAUUUGUCCCAAUUAUUUUGGUUCUAUGUACAAAAAGUGCUGUAAUUUAUAAAAGGUUCACCCGAUAUGGAUGGAAAUACCUUCAAAUUAAAGCUGACAGUCUGCACUCAAACCCGUAGACAUUGUAUAAAUUCAAAUCCAAAGUGCUGGAGUACAGAUCCAAAACAACAACAAAAAAUUGUCACUGUCCCAAUACUUUUGGAGCUCACUGUGUAUUGUGCACUACUUUUGACCCGGGCUCUACCCCUGGUCUAAAGUAGUGCACCAUUUUGAAUGCAGACUCUGUCUUUGGGAGAACAUUAUUUUGAUGUGACUAAUGUGGAAUGUAAGACUUGGGGAUUGACAUUUCAUGGGCAAAGUGUAGGGCUGGCCUCUGGUCAGUGAAACUGAAGCUACAAAUUGUCAUUGGAUAUUGUAUAUGGCCUUUUUCAGAUAGGAAACACUUCGUACCCUUAAUGCUGUAAUGAUUUCUGAGAUUGAGUCAUUAAAUGUUAACAAUGUG